CUCCCAUUUUCUUCGCAAUCUCCAGUGCCCAACCCAUGCUCUCAUCAGUAAUAAGGCAUGUGAUUUUGUCAGUUUCAGAUUCAUUCAUCUUCUCCAUUAGAGCCUCCAACUUUGCAGGCAUAACACGAAAAAUUGUCUUUGUUAACUUCCCCAGGUCAUUUCUGUCUUCCCACGAUUCCAGGCCAUCUGGGACGGAUACCAGAUGCAUCAUAUCAGGCGCAAGGCAAGUUCCAUUAGGGGAAGUACAUGACCUUGUGCUGGAUAAGGGAAAGCACCCAUGGCAUAUCAAAUGUCUAAUGACCAAUAUGUGGUCAAGUUUUCCUGAGCCUGAGGGAGGCAAUCCACUAUGCUUUUGUUUUAUAAGGCUCCUCUGUCUUAAGUGCACCUUCCUUUUUCUUAAUUUUUUGAUAAUCUUGGCAUCAUUGCUAAUCACUAAUUUUAGAUUGAAAUGAAAAUUGAAGAUGGGUUGCAAAGGACAGAUU